GAGCGUCCAGUAGGGGGCGCUGUGUAGGUAAGCAUCUCAUGAAGCUGCUAGCCGACAUCGUCGCCGAGAGCGACAAGGAGAGAGACAUAAUGAAGGAGGUGGAUGACCUGGUUGAGAAGAUGGCACACCUACGUGAGCAGCUGCGCGAUCUAACGCACAGUAACGACCAGCAGAAGCGUGUCUUUGCCACCAAGCAGCAGAAGAUGUCCAAGAUGGCCAUCAAGCAUCGACAGCAGAUCGAGGCACUACAGUACCAGUUGGAGGAACAUAAGAAGACACUGGAAGAACACGCCCGGCGCUGCAAGGAGAAUGACGUCCUCACAUUAAAAUUCACCGAGGAGAAGAUGAACGUUGACCAAGCAUUGGCCAUUCAGAAGAAGAGCCACGAGAAGGUGCUGGCAAAAUACAUGCAGCAAUAUCACGAACUGAUCGCGGCGGUGAAGCAGUAUCACAACACACUACUGGAUGCCAUCACUUCAUAACAAACUGGAAAAACUACUGCUGGGGUUAAACAUCUCAUCACCAAUACAGUCGACAGUAUAGUACAAGUGACUAGUAUUUCUAUGCAUCUAAUUUCUAUUCAACUAAAUUCUUUGUUAUUAGUAAAUUUUACUGGUUUUUGAGUUGUACACUUUUCUAGUUGUCUGCUAGUGUAUUUGCGUAUAUAGUUUGAGUGGUCGGCAUGCAUGUAGAUCCGUAUGUAUGUAUAAAGAUCAUUUAUUCGUUUAUUACGUAUCGUCAGGAGUACGUAAUAGAGGGCAUAAUCCCGCUAUUAUUUUCUCCUGAUAUCACAUUCGUGAGACUCAACCGAUGUAUUUUAUGAAACAACUAGUUUCUAUAGUCACAUUCACAGCAGGUUGAUGCUGUGCAUUCUAUAGUCAGGCAGCGAACCUGCACCUCCGCUGUCCAUAUUAGCCUCGUCUACACGACGAAAUUUAACUCGAGUUAGCGAUUAUGUAGCGUCUACACGACAACACCCG